AUGGGAAAAUUAGAAAUUCAUUCACAAGCUGGAGCAGCAACCUUCAAUGGUUUUGAAGAAUCAUUUCCAAGAGAGCUAACUGGUAUAGUCCCAGUAAAAGAAUUUGUUACAGCACUUGAAAUUUUAAACAAUAAUGGUAUCCGUACUUAUGUUACAUAUAUUUGGGGUGUUAUGGCAUAUGCAUUUGUCGGCUUAUUACCUGUAAUAAUUGUUGGUAUUGUCGAAAUCUUUAGAUGGGCUAGCUUCAAAAAGAAACUAUGUAAAGAUUUAGAUAAAUGUUUAGAAAAUAUCAAUAGAGUUCUUUCAAAUAGACAAGUUGUAAUUAGUUACAAAAUGGAUUUUAGUGCCAAUGUAGUUAUGACUGUUAAAUACCCAGAUGUUCCUACCUCAGUACCUAAUCAAACCGUUGCUCUUGAGGGUGGUCUAGGUAAUGCUAUUUUAGUAUCACCAUUCGCUGAUUCAAUGCUCAUUGAAGACCCAAGAAUAUUAGUCUCUGAGACCAAACCAAUCGAUAAAAAUUUUAAAAAUGUUCUUUUAGAACAAAACCCUUUAACUUUUAGAAGUGCAGGUUUCAAAGGUUGGAAAAAAAUUUAUGAUAACAAACUCUACAAUUAUAUCUCAUAUCAAGAAUUUAAUGCAAUGAUUGAUGAUAUUAAUAAUACCUGUAUUAAACCAUUCAAUCAAACAUCAUAUAAAUUUUUCUGGAUUUCAAUUUUCCUCUGCAUUGCUUUAGUUGGUGUAAUUCUCAUCUUCCCAGCAAUGCUUUGGUUCUAUUCUGAUAUGCAAAAACAUUCUUCAAGAUUAUAUAAAGACAUUGAUGAAGUAAUUAAAAAAUAUAAUUCAAUUUACAAUCAACGUGGUUUAUCUAUUGCCUACCAUACUCCAAACAAAAUGGGUAUUUUAGUUUCAUUAAACUUUAAUAUUCCUACUGAUGUUGGGCCAAGCUCCAAUUUUAACCCAGUUCAAAGAUUCAGGUGGACUUUUAUUAGCCCCAACUAUUCCAGGAGGGGUUUUACCUUAUUACAGUGCUAUGGGUUCCCCCCAAAAAAUUGUAGCCCCCCCAGUUCCCCCCCAAUCCUUUAG